UCGUUAAUCGUUGUUUCAGUACUGCUGGACUCGCUGCGGCCGCUUCUUUCCGUCACGUUAAGUUCCGCGCACAUUCUCGUGAUGUUCGUCCCGCUGUAAUUUCGUUCCCAGUUUUUCCCACCCGUGUCCCGACACUCCGACGUCGACGUCGGUGUUGUUGUUGUUGUUGUUGUUAUUAUUGUCACUCGUAUCGAGUGACAUAAUACACGCGAAAAACAUUACUUUUUUUAAAACAGCUGUGAUUACUGCCGAAAGCGGCUACCGACACCGUUUUAUCUCUGUGAGGUAUUCGACGUUUCGAAUUCUGAGGGAAAAACACAAUCUAGGACACAUUAACAUUGUUUCCCCUCGUUCGCCGUCACACUUCAACACACUUUAUUUUCAUUCGACGCCAUAGCGCGCGCAAAAUACUUUGGAAAAACGCAGCACACAAGAUGGCUCCAUCCCCUAAUCACAAACCUGUCUCACAGACUUUAGCAACUAUUUUACAAUUUGAACAGAAUAUCAUUCAUAUGUCAAAUGGAUGUCCAAUCAUUUUGAAUUCUUCAUAUCCUAUAACAGAACCUGUUUCUGAUAAUCCACUUGAGCCAAUAUCCAGACCAAUGUCUGAUGAAGAAACACCUUCUUGGGAUUUGACCACGUAUGAAAAUCGAUUAAGAACAUUUGAUGGAGUGUGGAAAUUACAAUUUAUAACACCUGACCAAAUGGCCAAAGCUGGAUUAUAUUACUUGGGCAUACAAGAUCGUGUUAGAUGUUUGUUUUGUUCUACGGAAUUCGAUUAUUGGCAACAUGGUGAUGAUCCGGUUGUUGAACAUAAACGUCAGUCUCCACAAUGUCCAUUUUUUAAUGAUUCUUCUGCUGGUUAUGAUGUGUGUGGCCUUUAUGGUUCUGCUCCUGCUGAUGUUCAAUCCAAUCACGAGUCAAAGAAGGUUCAAGAUUUUUUAGAUUCUGUGGGUAUUCUACAACAAAUGAAACCACCUAAGCAUAAAGAUUUUGCCACCUUAGAAGCACGUUUGAAAUCAUUUGAAAAAUGUUUGAUACCAUUGAAACAAGAUAUUCAAACUCUAUGCGAGGCUGGAUUUUUUUAUAUAGGCAAUGGUACAAAUGACCAGAUGUUAUGUUACUACUGCAGUCAAGGCCUUAAGGACUGGGAAGAUGACGAUGAACCAUGGACAGAACAUGCCAGAUGGUCAGAAACUUGCAGUUACGUGUUGUUAAAUAAAGGCAAAAACUUUGUCGACAAAGCAUGUGGUGUGACCAGCACGAAAUUUAACCCAACGGAGUUAUUCAAGCUGAUUGCUGAACAUAAGGAUACGUCCAUUACUGAAAAUAAUAUGAAAGUAAAUUCUACAAAAAGGAUUCACAUUGUCUGUCAACAUCAUACACCUAGAAAAAUUGAUCAGUCAGAUAUUUCUAACAUAGUUCAAAUCAAAUUAUUACCUGAUGCAAACAUUCAUCUUUCUGAAAAGCGUGAUCCUAAUACAAUGCCCGAUUCUAUGCUGUGCAAGAUUUGCUACAAAGAAGAAAUGAAAGUGGCUUUUAUCCCUUGCGGUCAUGUCAUUGCGUGUAUUCAAUGUGCUUUAACACUAGAACAGUGCGCUGUGUGUAGACAGCCGUUCAGUAUGGUAAUGAGGGUACACUUAUCAAUGGACGAAGAAAAUGUUAAAGAUCUCGAACAGUUACCGUGCAGUUCAUCACAGUGUUCAGACGGACAAUUAGACCUAAUGCUUUGCAAAGUAUGUCAUAAAGAAGAAAUGGCAGCAGCAUUCAUACCCUGUAGACAUGUUUAUGCGUGCGUCAAAUGCGCAGCAGAUAUGCACGAGUGCCCGGUGUGUACAGAAGGUUUCUGUGCUACUAUACAAGUGUACUUAUAGGGCUUGUAAAAAAUUACUGCGACAUUGUGUGGUGAAUACCAUUCUAGUCUUAAACUUUAAUUUGUAUAAUUAAUUUUAGUUUUAACAACUUAACUUAUAAUGAAAUAUAAUAAGCACCAAAGUGGGCUAAAUCUUGCUAUGUUGUUGUGUUAUUGGUAUUUAUAAUAUUCCGACAAUGCACAAAAUUCAUAGUAAAAUGUGAGACUGAUUUCCUUAGAAGAUGUUAAACAACGGUUGUUAUCUCUAUCAUAACAUAGUUAAUUUAUGAUCUGCAAACAUGUUAUUUUUAUAUGUAAAGUACUCUGGCCUAUAAUUUACCAUCUAAAUUAAAGAUAUAAACAUUUGUGUUCUCAAUAUUUUAAUUUAAACUGAGGAAA